GUCUUCCUUGUCUUUGAGUUUGUAUUGAUAACCUGUUAUUGUGGUGAAUGUAGUGUAAAUUUGUAAAACUAAAAUUCUGUAAUCUGAUAGGCUUUUGUGUACUGCAGUUAUAAAAAAGUCAAUAUAAAUUAUAAUUAUUUGCUCCAACCAGUUUAAUUUGGAAGAGAAAUUAGUUAGAAGAACCAAAGCCAUACAACAGUAAAUUAAGUACGGCAUUCAUAAACUGAAGAAUGGUUAAUUUUACACAAUAAUAACUUAGUACCUAUCUUUGUUACAUUAUUAGUUUAUUCACUUUCCUCAGAAUGUCCAUUGUUACACGAUGCAUGCCGGGAAAAAGUAAUGCAAUUCUAAAGAAGAUCCCUUCAAGUAACUUUCAUGGAGUGAAUAACAACACGCGUGGGUCAACAAACUAUUUGAGAUGCAGUAAAUUCUAUUCGUCUACUGGGAGUAGUGAUUCAAAAUCAUGGAUUAAAAGGGAGAAACCUGGUAUUGUGAAACCAUUCUCCACCAUUAACCAUGGUUGGAAAAGGAAUUAUACAUUUAUCCACGAUCCAAGUUACAUUCACUCUGCUAAUGAUCCCGAUCAUUCCAAGAAAACAGAAGAUGUUCUGUUUGAAAUGUUCAAAGAUGAGGAGAAAGACAUCAUUCAUGUGGGGAAGUUUCUAGCGGCUCUCAGAAACACAGGCCUGAGAAAAAAUGACCCAAGGCUGGCUGACUUCAUGGAAAACUUGAAGAAUGUUCACAGAAAAUCUGGAAUGGAAGGUGGUUCCCCCGAAACACAGAAACUGGAUUUGGAUACAUUCAGACAUAGUAUUUUCAAUUUGAUCCUUAUUUCGAAAGCAUUCCGUCAUAACUUCAUCAUACCAGAUUUCCAAAAUUUCUGUAAAUACAUUGAAGAAUUCUAUUGGAAGUGCAAGAGUAAUACAGAGGGAAAGGUGGCUAGUUACAUUCCACAACUGGCUCGAAUGAAUCCUGACUACUGGGGAGUGAGUGUGUGCACUAUCGACGGUCAGCGGUUCUCCAUUGGAGACGUGACGGUUCCAUUCACCCUGCAGUCGUGUAGCAAACCACUGACAUACGGUAUAGCAUUGGAACAGUUGGGCCAGGAUGUGGUUCAUGGUUAUGUAGGUCAGGAACCCAGUGGACGAAAUUUCAAUGAACUUGUACUUGAUUAUAAUAUAUAUGUUGUGAAUGUUUUACGUUUAGCUGGAGGAGAGUAUCUUGGAUUCAACAACUCAGUAUUCCUGUCAGAAAGAGAAUCAGCCGAUCGUAAUUAUGCUCUGGGAUUCUAUAUGAGAGAGAAUAAGUGCUAUCCUGAAAAAACCAACUUGAAGGAGUGCAUGGACUUUUAUUUCCAGUGUUGUGCAAUGGAAGCGAACUGCGAGAGCAUGUCGGUGAUGGCGGCGACGCUGGCCAAUGGCGGCAUCUGCCCCAUCACCGAGGAGAAGGUGCUCCGACCUGACUCCAUCCGGGAUGUCCUCUCACUCAUGCACAGCUGCGGCAUGUACGACUACUCCGGACAGUUCGCCUUCAAGGUGGGCUUGCCGGCAAAAUCAGGCGUAUGCGGAGGUAUGCUGGUUGUGAUACCCAAUACAAUGGGGAUAUGCUCUUGGUCUCCGCCGCUCGACCACAUGGGCAACAGUUGCCGUGGUGUUCAGUUUUGUGAGGAACUUGUUCGUGUCUUCAACUUCCAUCGGUAUGACAAUUUGAAGCAUGCCACAAAUAAAUUGGACCCCAGAAGACACAAGUACGAGACGAAGGGACUGAGCAUUGUCAACUUGCUCUUCUCAGCGGCCAGUGGAGAUUUGUCUGCAAUGAGAAGACACAGACUGUCGGGAAUGGACAUGACCCUGGCCGAUUAUGACGGCAGGACGGCUCUGCAUCUGGCUGCAGCUGAAGGCCACCUCGACAUCGUCACAUUCCUGCUGGAGCAGUGUGCUGUGCCCCACCAUCCCAAGGACAGAUGGGGCAACUCGCCGCUGGACGAGGCGAUGCGCUUCCGACACGUGCAAGUGGUGACCUACCUGAAGGAGUGGGCUAAGCAGCAGCCCCCACCCGGACUCGACGAGUCAUCCUCGUGCGAACCCCCGAGGCCCGUUGAGGAGACCUCGCCACUUCCCUCCUAAACACUCUCUCUGUGCUUCCACUCGACCUGACAAUAAAACCAGGCCUGGUUUCUCAACAAACCGCAAUAUUAUUCAUUAAAUAGUUUGCAAUAUUAUUAAACUUACAGACACCAAACAUGCUAUAGUUUAGAUCUGUUUCCUGUUUAGGACUGUUUGAAGCUGUUCCCUGUUUAGGACUGUUUGGAGCCCUUUAGUCUAGAACUGCUCUAAACUGUUUCAUUCAGAAAUUUAACUGAUUGAAUGUCGGUUAUGUCGGAAUGUCUAUUGGACACAUUAAUAUUCAUAUUUAUUUUUAUUCAAUCAGACACAUUAUAAUACUGGGAAAAGAAAAUAGACGCAAGCCCGAAAUUUCUCCUCCUUAGUUAAUUAAAAUUGAGCAAUGUAGGGUUUUGGCUCAUCACAUUCACUUUAACAAUUUUCACUUUUCACAAGACUAAAUAACUUAUAUAGGCCUAAGUUUUAUUAUUUGAAUUUUGAAUUUUGUUAUAUCUAGUAAUAUAGAAUACAAAAACAUUUUUUGUAUUUGUGUAUUCAAUUGUUAGUAGUUUACUCACAAAAAACAAACAAAUUUCAUCAUUUAAGAACUACCUAACGAAAAAGAACUAUCCUAUUCAUACAACUAGCAAAAUUCAAUAAGUCCAAAAUAAUAUUAAGUUACUUAAUAAUAUAAGUAUACGGUACGGUAUGGGCAUUGAUCAACAUACAAUGAAUUACUAUAAUGGAUGAGUAGAAUUGGUUACCAUCAAAAUCGAUUUACACUGGUAAAAUAUCAGUAGCAUACUGGUACAAUAAUUAUCAGUAAAAGCUCAAAAAUAUAGAUCUUUCAAGAAUAAUGUAAUGGCUUCCAAUCAAAGAUAAACUCAUUCCAUUACCCAAGUUCCAUUGAAUACUCGAAUCUAUUGAAUUGAAUGCUGAAUGUCUAGUGAUGUUGUUCCUUUUAUAUUCUUUCAGGCAUGAUGAGUUCAAAAUUACUUUUUUAAAGUGAAGAGUGGAAUUAAGUGAGUAGCAAAUAUCCUAUCAGCCUAACGCCUAUAACUGGGUUGGCUUCAUGCUCCCCAUAAAUUGGGGAUACGAUUUAUUUAUUCAUUUUAUUUCAAAAAAAUCACAGAUCGGAAGAGAAAAUUAAGAAUACCUUGUACUAUCCCCCUCCCAAAUUUAAAUAGCAUUAAAAUGUUCGAAAUAGGCUUUUGUACUAUUCCUCUCCAUAUUAAGAUAGCAUGAAAAAAGUCCGAAAUAGGGGUUUAAAAAGU